AUGAGCGCGAAGCGACAGUCUCUCACGACGCUGUGGCUCCUCCUGUGCGUCUUGACGCUCAGCGCCACGGCCCAGACGCCGAGCAACUCGUCCGCUUCAGGCCCCACCCGAGCGACGCCCGCGACAGCCGCAGCACCGGACGCGGACCUGCCGACGACGACGACAGCCGACCGCGCGACGGCGGAGACCGACUCGAACGCGCCUUUGGAUGCGUCGCCGUCCGUGGGGAACCCCUCGACGCCGGCGCCGCCCACUGCGUCGGCCAACGCGCCGAGCGGCACGACCCGAACGCCCGACCCGAGUGCCGAACUGACGACUAUCACGUCGGACACGUCGGAACCCGUAACGGGAGAGACGCCGAGAGAGACGCCGACGACACCGUCGACGAGAACGACACCGUCGACGAGUCCGACGACACCGUCGACGAGAACGCCACCGUCGACGAGAACGCCACCGACGACGACACCGACGGCGACACCAGCGCCCGCAACGCCCGUGGCGCCUGUUGCACCUGCGGCCGGCGCUUCGGGAAGUUCGCCGCUUCUGCCGCUCGGACCUGUAGAUGGCGCAGCAUCGACGCCGGUGGACUCGAGCCCAGCGCUGGACCCGUCGGAGAUCUCGUCCGUGUACGGCACGUUGCCGCCCAGCGUCGAGGGCGGCGCGCCGGCGGACAACAGCGACCGCGAGAGCAACGCGUCGGCGACGUCCCCGGGGUGGGUCGUCCCGGUCGUCGUGGCCGCCGUUGUGCUGCUGGCGCUGCUCGUCAUCACGUUCUACGUGCGCACGCGCAAGCGCGAGGAGCCGGACAACUUGGACCGCCCGAGCGAGCACUUCUUCGAGGCCCCGCGGUCCAACACGAACUACGCGAACGCUGCGGGCGGGACUGGUAGCGCCGCAGGGGGCGCCACGCCCGUGAUCCGGGGGCGGAUGACGGCGGACGAGCGGGCGCAGAAAGAGGCCGCGCUGGCCAUGCGGAAGCCGUCGGGAGCACUGGCGGUCGCGCCCACUUCGGGACCGCCCAAGAUGCCGACGAGGACGUUGUCGCACCCGCGUCAAGAGCCGGUGCGGGCGCCGGUGGAGCCGCAGUUUACGCUGCAGGAGGAGGUCGAGUUGGAGCGCUCGCAGCGCUCGAUGCACGUGGCGAGUGCACGCCGCUCGCCACAGGCGGCAGUGAGCCCUGUGAGUCAGUCGUAUGAGAUGGACCCGUCGUUUGAUAUGGCGGCCGGUGCUUCAGUGCCAGGGGUGACGCUGUGA